UAUUGUUUUCUUAGGGGUGCAUGGUAGCUAGCACCUGUUAGCAGGACCAGUGUAGUAGUAGGAAGUAAAAUUCACGAUAAAAUUAAUUCCAUCGUACGCGUGGGAAAUUGCCAUCCCAAUUCUCAACGCCGAAAAACGCGAGGGGAGAGGUCGAGAAAGCAAGCAGCCGAAACGAGAAAAACCGGUCAUGGAGAAGGCGAAGGAGUUUCUAAUGGUGAACGACCAAGCAUCCGAGUCGGCCUCCCGACUCGCCGUCCCUCCUCACCCAGCGGGCAUCGACCAUGUCUUGCUGGAAGAUAUCGUACUCGAGGGAAUCCGAGUCGACCGAGCCGAACCCGGUCUCGUCGUUUGUUCCUUCAAGGUCCCUCCCCGCCUCGCCGAUAGAGCGGGUGGUUUUGCGACGGGAGCUAUUUCGUAUUUGGUUGAUGAAGUGGGUGGGGCUGCGAUCAACGUUGAGGGUCUUCCGAGGAAUGUCUCAGUGGAUAUGUCCAUCUCGUUCCUUUCAGCUGCAAAGCCCGAUGAUGAGUUGGAGAUUACAGGAAGUCUUUUAGGUCAAAGAGGAGGUUAUUAUGGAACCCUCGUUCUUAUACGAAAUAAAGCAACUGGGGAGGUUGUUGCUGAAGGUCGCCAUUCGUUGUUUGGUAAACGCCCGAGCAAACUCUGACUGUGUUUUGCUCGUAAAGCCUGAACAAUGUCGCCUGGAAUUUAUGCAUGGACGUUGUAGAUUUCAGGACCUAGUUUAUUUCACAUUACAUUAUGUACUCCUUUGAUGAUACAAUCAUGUACUCCAGCAGAUAUCUACGUCGAGUUAAAUGGCUGGGAAAACAAGCUGGCAGUAUUGGUUCUUGAUGGCCCCCUUACUACGUUUGCUAUGUAUAAAUUCAAAUUGCUCUCUUUGAAGAGAAAUUUGCAAA